AUGAAUUCCACAGUGCGCAAGAUACUUGUCGUUGGUGGAAAUGGGUUCAUCGGUUCCGCUGUGUGCAGAGCUGCACUCGCACGCGGAAUCCAGGUGACAUGCGUCAGCUCCUCCGGAAACCCAUAUAGAACUGCGAAAGGGCACUCCCCCGCGUGGACGUCCAAUGUAGAUUGGCAGAAGGGCGACGCGCUCGCGCCGCAGAGCUUUGCGCACCUGUUCCCGGACGUAGAUGGGAUGGUGCAUACCCUGGGGAUACUCCUGGAGGACACGUCGUACAAGCAGGCGUUGAGGGAGGGAAACGUCCCCCGGCUGCUGGGAAGUCUCUUUGGGGCACUGACGGGGGAUAAUGGGAAUCCAUUGAAGAGAGGUGUGGAUGAGAGUGGUGGAAAGAGUAUGAGUUAUGAGACGAUGAACCGAGAUUCCGCGUUACGCGUGUGCGAGGCAUUCAUUAACUCACCCACGGGGGUUGACCCCAGCUCUGACGCCAACAACCCACGACCAUUCGUGUACGUCUCUGCGGAGGACAUCUUCCGACCGAUCAUCCCUGCACGAUACAUCGAGACGAAACGGGAGGCAGAGCGCGGUAUAGAGGAGAUGAUGACCGGCAAACCCAACUAUCGCGGAGUUUACAUGCGACCCAGCCUGGUCUAUCACGCUCACCACCGCCCACUGACGACACCCGCUGCGGCUUUACUCGACCUCUCGGCUACGCUGCAUCGACAGGUGCCCCAGGGCCUCCCUACUCCGUCAGGCGUCCUCCGAUCACUCGGGUCCACUGUGCAACCGUCAACUUCGCGUUCGCCGUCCUCGUCUUCGAACACGUCCAGCUCUGGUCUGGGUACGUCUCCGCUAGAGUCGAUAGCGAACGCCCUCACUGUUCCGCCGAUCCAUGUUGACCAUGUUGGGGAAGCUAUUUGUGCCGCGCUAGAUUCGAGGAAUGGUGUGAGAGGUGUGGUGGAUGUUGGACGGAUGCGUGAGCUUAUCGGUUGGUCAGCAGAUGGGUGCGGCCGAAGCGAGCGUCAUACCUUUGCGGAAACACGCAAGGAGAGCGCUGCGUCUUCAAAUUUCACGAGCAGGCAUCGGGCAUCCGUGCGGCGCGUUGGAGAAAGGUACCUCGCUCCCAUCGACGACAUUGCGCUGUUUCCCCAUUUUUUGUGCAACCGAGUCAGCAAGUCGUCUCACCCUAUCAGUAUUGUCUUUCUGCUGUUUCUUAUCCUUUUCUCCUUCUCGGUUGGACCCGAACAGCAGCAGCAGCGACAGGACAGGACCGUUAUGCAAAGCAACUUUCGUAGUGGGAUCCGGAACAUACAGAAACAUGCCCUGCGCCGCACUUCUCCCGCGCCGUCCCUCACCAUCGGACGCACGCAGAAUGCGUGCACGUCUUGCGGCAAUACGAACGCCCAACGCUCAAUAGCGCAAUCUGCGUCCGCGCGCAGGGCCCUGCCGUUCUCACUCAACUCCAUGGGCAGUGCGGCGCACGACGAGCGCGACGAGCGGGUCGUGCGGAUGCUCAUGUUCGGGAAGCCAGGUGCAGGCAAGGGGACGCUUACGGCGCGCCUGGCGCAGAAGUACGACAUCCUCACGCUGUCAACGGGGGAUCUUCUGCGUCAGCACAUUGCGGAGCAGACGGAGGUGGGGAAGGAGGCUGAGGAGAUCAUUGCUCGUGGGGAAUUGGUGCCCGACGAGGUCGUCCUGCGGGUAGUUACUUCCAAGCUCGAUGCGCUGCACAACAAGCACUGGAUUCUGGAUGGUUUCCCCCGCACACUCAGACAAGGAGAACUUCUGGACGCGCACCUCAAGAAACGGAAUACGCCCCUGACUCUCGUGGUCAAUCUCGAAGUACCAGACGAAGUCAUCCUGAGUCGCAUCUCAGACCGCUGGGUGCACCUCCCCUCUGGCCGUGUGUACAACAUGUCAUACAACCGCCCGCAGGCGGAAGGGUUCGACGAUCAGACCGGAGAACCCCUCACCAAGCGCCCAGACGAUAACCCGCGCAACUCGGUGCUCCCCCAGGAAAUUUUUGCGCGCCGCCUAGCUGCGUUUUACUCCUCGACGUCUCCGCUGCUAUCAUUUUACACUAAAUCGGCAGCUACUUCUUCCGCCACCUCACGUCCAAAUCCCCACUUGCACCCUCACCAACUGUCGUUCCACCGCCCAUCUGGUUUGAAGGUCAAGACAGUCUCAGGAUCGACUUCGGACGAAAUUUGGCCACAGCUCGAUCGUCUCAUACAAAAUAGAUUCCCUGGUCUGAGGGAAAGGCUGGAGACACAAGCUACAAGAACCAGACGUCUUGUGGGUGGGACCAUUGCCGCCGAACUCGGUGCAGGCACCAUUGCUUAG